AUGUCUAUCAACAGUAACUCACCCCCGCCUGUUUACGAACUCCGAGAUAUGCAGCCAGCAAGCCCAGGCGUACCUAUAGCCUUGGGCGCACCUGCAGUACCAGACGUCCUCGGCGGUCUCUGGUUUCUCUUUUCGGUAAUACUGUUUUCAUGCGAUGCCGCUGUGAUCUUCUACAGCUAUGCCAAGGGCAUCCACAACAGUACAGAGUUCUUCAUCUAUGGAUUAGUCGGCGCUCUUUUCGAUGGAUUCCUCGCCGCAAACACGAUGUACGAUUUGCUUCGACAGCGCAAUGGUACUUUCAAGCAUACUCUUUUAUGCAUAUCCUGGACCCAAUUCUUCGCGACCAGUACCAUCAACCUGCUUAUCGUUGUGGUUUGCCUCGGCAGCUUCAGGUCUCACGAUCUCAGAAGCGACUGCUGGGUGAUAGCCUCUCAUUGCAACACAUUGGCGGCGUCCCUCAUCUCCAUUCUGCCACUUUAUCGGACUCUUUUCAAGAGUGAACCCGGCCGCUGCGAGUGCAUGAAUGGUGUGCAGGCUCCUGGCGAUGUUGUAUGA